GGAAAAGUUGCAGUCAAUGCUCUCCGUCCAUUUCCCAGCAUGUCGGUCACGGUUCUCGAGUUUAUUUCCUCAGCUGGGAGCGCGAUUCCUGGCUACAGAAGUUACUUCUGGUCGACAAAUCGAUAGGCGAACGAUACUAGUACACGGAGUCUCCACUCCCAACCAACUCUCGGACCUUCUUGACCAGGUUCGGGUUGGUCCACUUGAAAGUAUAUGCCACGAGUCUUCCGCAGAACGAGCGUUUCUGAGUUUUUUGGAUGCUAAUUCCGCUGGAAAAUUCGCUUCAAGACUUAUGCGAGUUAAACCUGAAGCGAAUGUUCGCAACUACAUUGGGGAAAACUCACACAAAGUAGCAGCUGAGGUCAUUGCAGCUGUUGGGUCACGCCAAGCUUCGAGGUGUAUUGUCAUCAACCCAAUGCCAAAAGGAAUAACGGAGGAUUCUUUAAAACAGGAACUCUCACGUUUUGGGGAAGUCGAGAAAGUGGAGAUAAUCAGGAAAUCGGAGGAAACGUCGUUUGGUCGAGUGCACUUCUAUAACAUUUGGUCAGCGUCAAUGGCAAACUUAACAUUGCGCAUGGAGGAUAGCAUGAAGGGAGCGAAGGUUCACUUUGCACCUGAGCGUCUCGACCUUGAUAUGCAACUAGCCCUAAAAGAAAUGAAGCAGCAUCCCGACGACACUCUAUCCUCUGAGCCAUUCACCGCUGUACUCACCGACUUGGCGAGUCCUGUCACUCUGAACAAAGUCUUAUCAUUGGUUCGAAGCGCGACUGUAGCUUCUCAAGGCGAAGUGCUGCAAAGUAUAGUUUCUCAGGCAGACGGACAAAGAUUCUACCUGAACUUUGUACGCUCUGCGGAUGCCCUUCUUUUCGUGAAUGCCUUCAAUUCACAAGUCCCAAAAGCAUUGCCAGAAGGCGGAAAGGUUGCACUAAUACCACCCCGGCGAUCAGCACUACCACGUAUUCAAACGAUCCGUGCAGUCCGCUUGGGGGCCACCAGAACCUUAGGUAUCUUUGGCAUAUCAGAUUGGCGGCGGGUGAAUCACGCUAGGAUAAAUGAUGACUUUUCAAAAUUCGGUCGCAUCAUCGACAUAUCGAUCGUGAAAGAAAACAACUGUGCCUUUAUUAGGUACGCGGACAUCGUUUAUGCAAUGAGGGCAGUCGAACGAGUUUUCAUCUCUAAUCGCCAAUUCCGACGAUAUGCUGGGGCGAAAGUCACAUUUGUGCAAGAAGAUCAAUCUGUCAUCCCACGAAUAAUGCCCGUUAGCAUCCCUACAAUAGAGGAGCAGGAGAAGGAAGAAAGUGACGGUGUUCAGGAGGCUCCUGCGGCUGAUAAAAUUUCUGAGGCGCUAGCAGUACAUUGAUGUUCAACUCCCC